GGCUUUGCACUUGGAGCCCAAGUGAUGUCGAUUCAACUGUCAAAACUAUUCAGCAAAGCAAACUGGCGAUUUUCUCUAUUUUAUUCAUUUGAGUUCUUUGCUUGCCGUAAAAGCACCGCUUUCGGAAAGAAAGGAAAUCAGGGGCAAGUUUACUCCGGAGACACUCUGCUCGCCGUACGAUGGCCGUUCAGCAAAUAACCUCAAGGUCCGGCGAGGUAUACACUGUUCCAGACGACACUCUAGAUAUCCACGUCCUUUGGCCACCCGAAAGCCAAGCAGGAACUACUAUCAAGGCAGACAUUGUUGCAGUCCAUGGGUUGGGAGGCGACUCCUUCGGAACAUGGAUUGAAAAGAGCUCAAAGGAGCUCUGGCUCCGAACCUUCUUGCCGAAAGACAUUGCAAACGUUAGAAUAAUGACAUUUGGCUACAAUUCAAACUUCGUUCGUGAUACAGCAACGGGUAAUACAUAUAAUUUCGCUGAGAAUUUAUUGGCUGCGCUUAGGCGUAAGCGUCCUGGAGAAGCGCGACGCCGGCCACUCAUUUUUAUAGGACACAGCUUAGGGGGGAUUGUCAUCAAACAGGCACUUAUUACCGCCAAAAUAAGAUCACAACAGUACAAGGAUAUCCUAGAGAGCACUUGGCAUCUCAUAUUUUUGGGAACUCCACAUCAAGGCUCACUUUUCGCCCCUGGGGCGGAUUUUUUGAAUAAACUAACAUCAGUAUUCUCUAGCGAGAGAACUCGUGUUACUAAGGAAUUGAAACUCUGGUCGCCGGAAUUACUUUCGAUAACCCAAGAUUUCGCAUUUAUUGCAGAUCACUUUUCUAAGACAAGUUUCUGGGAGCGGGAGAAGACCAAAGGGCUCACUAUCGUGCAUGAAGGCUCUGCGAGACUUGGGCAUAGAAACGAGGAAGUUGUCGGACUCUACGCAGAUCACUUGACCAUAUGUAAAUUCGCAAGCCAGAGCAGCUCGUCGUACAGAACAGUGAGAGAUACUUUGAUCCUGGAGGUAAUGCGUUUGGACGAAAGGGAGGCAACUGAGGAACAUGAGCAUAAUAUUCAGGAACUAGCACAGAAUCUUCGUUUACUUUUCUCCGUAUGCGUUAACAAAAUGAGUAAUUUGCAACAGGAGCUGCAUGAGAUGGAACUCUGGAUACUCCUUAUUCGUUUUAAGGCCUGGGGUCAGGCUUGUAGUCUCGAUAACCCACAGUCUAGACUACAAGAGCUUGACAAUCCCGCUCUGCAUGUGCUUGUGGAGAAUGCGCUAAUGCGGUUUGUACAUCUAUUAAGUGAGACAGACAGGUUGGAAGGACUGGGAAGCCGGAAUUUACCCGACAUGACAUCAUCUACCAAUACGACCGCAUUUCAAAGGCUCCGAAACAUCUUGAAUGAUCCAACGGAGAGAGGAGGUCUUCAGCCCGUUCAUCCCAGGAGGAAUACUGACGACAGAGGGAGAUCAGAAGAGACGGUUGAAGCCCUGAGCAAUUAUGUUGACGAAAUAGAAUCCUUAACCAAUAUCCCUGCAGUUUCAGAUCAGCGACAGCGGAUCAUUGAAAAGGAAGUUGAGUCAAUUUCAGAUCUGUCUAUACUUGAGCAGUUGGAAUCUGCUAGAUCCGGCACAAGCGCCGUUGUGUCGGAGGUGGCAAGCAUAAGACUUAGAAAGCUUCGGGAUCAAGCUGACACCGAUUCGGAUAAAGCCGAAACCGAUUCAACUAUAUCGCUUGACCCUUCGUUCCAAACGGCACAAGCUUAUCUACAAAUUGAUAAACAAAUGUUUGAAGAAGCCGAAUCUGAUUUCCAGGACAUGAUGAUAGCCGAAGGUGUCGGAAAUCUGGAUGCUCUAUCGCCAGAUGACCGCGCGCAACAGGCAAAUUGGAAAGCGGGAAAACCAGCCUUUCAAAUUCCACGAUGGAGAGCUAGCAGUAAAACGGCGCAGUAUGGAUCCAAACUAGAGUUGAUCCGAAAUGCAAAUGAAGUUGUCCGACAGGAGCAAAUUUCAAUACGACCCAAGAAGUUCACAGCUGCAGCUAACCGAAUAUUAAGAAAUCUUCAGCAAAUAAUAUCCGAUGACGUGAAAGGGAUCAGAGUGCUGCUACCUGUCGCUGAUGACUUAGAGCAUCUUCAUGCUUGUAUCGAAGGACCCCCAGACACGCCAUAUGAAGGUGGGAUUUUCUGGAUUGAUAUGCAACUUAAAGAAUACCCAUUUAAGCCCCCGAAGCUGCGUUUUAUGACCAGAGUUUAUCAUCCGAAUAUUGAUUGUCGUGGGGUAGUAUGCGCAGACUUCCUCGAACAAUCUAGCUAGAGUCCCGCAUUAAGACUUCAGCAUGUUUUGCUUUCCAUGGUCUCCCUUUUAGCGUCUCCAACUCUCGCGGAUGUUGAAGAGCCGUUAGUUCCUGAGAUUGCCGAAACAUACCGCGAAAAUUAUGAGCUAUACUGAAAUUAUUAGCGAUUGCGCUUC